AUGUCUACUUCACCAUCACCUGCCUCGGUGCUAAACUUCAAUGCGCUCUUCGAUAAUCCUCUGUUCGCUGGAGGCAUCGGCCUCGCCUCCUUAGGAGCUGCCGCAGCGUUCGCCCGCAAGGGAUCAAUCGUCAUCCUCGGCGCUGCUCGCCGUCGGCUUCUUGUCAAUGUUGAGAUAAGCAAACAAGAUCCGGCAUAUCCCUGGAUUCUCGCAUGGCUGUCUCAGCCUCGUGAAACGCCGGGCUUCAUUGUCUCGCGGCUCACAAGAAUUCACAACCUGUCAGUGGCGACGGCGACGGCUUCAAGAGGACCAGGAGCCGGUGGCCCUAUCAAUGCUCAUUUCUUUCUUCAGCCUGGAUAUGGACGCCAUAUUGUCAAGUUUGGAAAGGCUUUCAUUUCAGUCAAUAGAGAGAAGCACAACACGGCGAACAUGAACACCGGAGAGCCGCAUGAGAUUGUCCAGCUGACCACUCUCUGGGCGCAUCGUCAUGUGUUUGAAGACCUCUUCAGAGAGGCGCACCAGUUGGCCGCAAAGGCGAACGAAGGAAAGACGGUAGUUUAUUCUGCACGCGGGCUUGAAUGGAGCCCACUUGGAGAUCCGCGAAAGAAGAGGCCGCUUGGUUCGGUCAUACUGGACGAGGGCAUCAAAGAGAGCAUAGUUGGCGAUGUCAAAGAUUUCUUGUCGAGGCAACAAUGUGGCAAAAGUUCUUUCAUCCAAGCGCUGGCGGGAGAACUUGACUUUAGUGUUGCCAUGAUCAACCUUAGCGAAAUGGGCAUGACGGAUGAUAAGCUGGCAUACCUCCUCACAAAACUGCCCAAGAGAAGCUUGCUUCUCUUGGAAGAUGCCGAUGCAGCUUUUGUUAACCGCCGACAGCGAGACACAGACGGAUAUAGUGGCGCCAAUGUCACCUUUUCUGGCCUUCUCAACGCAUUGGACGGUGUCGCAGCUGGAGAAGAGCGUAUCGCGUUUCUUACGACCAAUCAUAUUGAGCGUUUAGAUCCUGCACUCAUCCGACCAGGCCGAGUGGAUAUGAUGCUGAAAAUUGGUGAGGCGACAAAAUACCAGGCUACACAGAUGUGGGAUCGCUUCUACGGCGAUGUUGAUCAGGAUCACUCUGGUCGGGCGCGAUUUUUGGGACGCCUGGAAGAGCUCGGUUUAUUUGGGCAAUACAAGGAUGGGCAACCGUCGAAUCGCCAUACGAGCGCUGCUGCUAUUCAGGGCUUGUUCCUAUUCAACAAGAAUGAUAUGAAGGGUGCUAUUGACAUGGCAGAAGGUCUGAUUCCAAGGAAAUUUGAAGCUGAAGACCCAAGCCCUGACGGAGCCAUCAAGACGCCGGCCUGA